AUGUUCCAUGGAUUGCCAAGUGAAGACCCCAUUGACCACCUUGAUGAGUUUGAUAGGCUUUGUGAUUUGACAAAGAUCAAUGGUGUCUCUGAAGAUGCCAUCAAGCUGAGACUCUUUCCUAUGUCUCUAGCUGACAAAGCUCACCAAUGGGAGAAGAGCUUGCCCCAUGGCACAAUCACCACUUGGGAUGAAUGCAAGAAGGCCUUUCUUGCUAAGUUUUUCUCCACCGGUCGCACAGCCAAGCUUAGAGGAGAGAUAUCCAGCUUCAUCCAGCGAAACAAUGAGACAUUCGCAGAGGCUUGGGGAGGUUCAAAGGGCUACACAAGUCAGUGCCCACACCAUGGAUUCAACAAUGAAUCUACUCUCCACUCUUUAUAG